ACAAUUUUUGUUAAAAAUGUCGUAUCUUGCCAAUUUCAACAAUGAGAGCGCCAAACAAAUACUAAUGGACAUAAUACGAACGGUGAAUCAGCCGGAGAAUUGUAAAAGAUUGUCCGAGGCCAAGGCGUCGGCCGGCAAGGAAAUGAUACUGAUGAUGCAGCACGUCUUCCCGUUGGUCAUGCAACUGCAGUUGGAGGUAAUCAAGAGUCAUGGAUUUCCAGGCAAUCGCGAGGGCUUAGUGCAAUUUUCCCAGCUUGUACGCGAAAUGGAGCGUGACGAUAUGGAUAUUGCGCGCCUGCGCAGUCAACUAAGAGCGAUUUACCUACCACCGAUAUCAAUAAACACAACAAACGACAUAUUGAUAUGAAUCCGAUUAUAAUCUUAAGACUGAAUCUUGAUCGUAGAUUUAAGUUUUCACUAAUUGUCCUCUCUCUUUGGUGUCUAUUUGUAUUGCCUUUUACCCAAGAAUUGUUUGCCUUUAAGAUAACAUUGAAAAACAUUUGAAA